AUGCAGAUGAAUACCUGGAGGGCGGGACAAGCGCCACAGAAACGGCUGAGAAUCAGCGGUCGAAACGAGUCACAUACACCGUCAACGAAGGAAUGUGAGGAAGAUAUCACAGAGGAGGAGUCCGACUAUGUACCUGUAGAGCCACCUAAUCAGGAGCGAAUAGAACUAGGAAGUUCCCCAUCUUCCUCCGUGGCCGGUGCUCUGUGGCCAAUCUACCGGCCUAGCAUGGAAAUACCGUCUUUCCCGUCACAAUCAAUCUUCCACUCCCUAGGGCUUGAAGUGAACUUGGAGGAAGGGGCUCUUCUGCAACAGUACCUGACAACGUAUCCAUCGAUGGUAUACGGCACAAACACAAAUGGAAGCAUCCAUCUGCUGAGUGAUCGUGGCCUUGCCCAUGCUCAGACGUCUCCGAUAGCCUUACAAGGGAUCCUAAUCAAGACAGAGACGUACGCCGCCAGAGCUGCCGGUCGACCGAUACCAGCCUCCGUGUUCCAACGCCGAGCCAGGCUAUAUCAGCUGCUGAAUCAAAUGAUUAGCGAGAGCCAAGGCCAGCUGACAAGGGAAAUUGUAUUGGGCGCCCUCACGGCAAUCAUCGUCGAAGCACGCACAUUCAACGAUGACCUGGUCAAUGUCCAUCGGAGAGGAUAUGAGCAAAUUAUCCCAGCCGACGGCGGGCUGGAAAGGGUGCUGAGCAUGUUUUCUCCCCCGACCUCACAAAUACAUCAUAUUCUGGUGUACUUGGUUGGUGGUCAUCAGAAACCCUCUAAACCGAGUCGCUGGCGGGAUGCCCUGGAACGAGCGCUGGAGAUGGUCAAUGAACUAGCUGCGGCGAGCAGCACUUAUGUGAUGGGGGCUGCGCAGGAUGCGGCAGCGAGUGCCUGGGACAGAGUCUUCCACAAUCCAACCCAUCGCAAGCUCCUGGAUGCAGCGCCGCUGUCGUUAUUCAUGCAGCAUCAGGAAAAAGGCUACCUCGGCCCGCUUCUGCAGAAGAGCCAUUUUCUUGCCGUCUUCCUUGUUGUAUGGUUCCUGUGGGAAACGCGAGACGAUCCCGCUCAAACCCAAUACUUUCUGGAGCACCUGGCUCGGACCACCAGGUCCACUGCAUAUAAUGGGCAGGGCCAUAUGACCCUUAAUCUAGAAGGAUUUCUAUUUCUCGUGAUUGAAGUCUUGUUCAACGUAUAUGAACAGUACAACCCUGCCACGGUGGUCACCGAGCGCCAGAGCCGUCUGGUCCGCACAUCAAUGAACUUGACGAAGCUGUGCAAUGUUCUCGAGGACUCCAACCGGACUGCACUCGUUCGGUUCCUGUGCAGCUGUGCUAACGGCUCCCUUGGACAGGAUCCAGAGGGUUUGCCGGCCAUCGACACGGCGUUGUUAUGGUAUGAUGUGUACAAUACAAGCAGUUCAUAG